AGAUGGCGGCCCCCGAGCAGCCGCUACUCGUAUCCAGAGGAUGCACAAGCUCUACGCUGUCCCCGCCGCGAGGCGACCGAACCCUUCUGGUGAGGCACUUGCCAGCAGAGCUGACCGCUGAGGAGAAAGAGGACUUGCUGAAGUAUUUCGGGGCGCAGUCCGUGCGUGUCCUGUCAGAUAAGGGGCGACUGAAACAUACAGCUUUUGCUACUUUCCCUAAUGAAAAAGCAGCCAUAAAGGCACUGACAAGACUUCAUCAGCUGAAACUUUUAGGUCAUACUUUAGUUGUUGAAUUUGCUAAAGAACAAGAUCGAGUUCACUCUCCCUGUCCCACUUCAGGCACUGACAAAAAGAAGAGAUCUGAUGACAUUGUGGAAGAUGAUAAAGAAAAGAAAGAAGUUGAUUGCUUAACAAUAGAAAAUGGAAUCGCACCAAACCAUGGGCUGACUUUUCCUCUGAAUUCAUGCCUCAAGUAUAUGUACCCACCACCUUCAAGCACAAUCCUAGCAAACAUAGUAAAUGCUUUGGCAAGUGUGCCUAAAUUCUAUGUACAGGUGCUUCAUCUUAUGAAUAAAAUGAAUUUGCCCACACCUUUUGGACCAGUUACUGCAAGGCCUCCUAUGUAUGAAGACUAUAUGCCAUUGCAUGCACCUCUUCCUCCCACAUCUCCUCACCCACCUGAGGAACCUCCUUUACCAGACGAGGAUGAGGAAUUAUCUAGUAAAGAAUCAGAAUAUGAGAGCAGUGAUGAUGAGGAUCGACAGAGAAUGAGCAAACUAAUGGAACUAGCAAACCUUCAGCCCAAAAGACCAAAAACUGUAAAGCAGCGCCAUGUGAGAAAAAAACAAAAAAUAAAGGAUAUGCUGAGUACACCUUUAUCUGCUUCACACAGCAAUUUACAUCCAGUGCUGUUACCAUCAGAUGUAUUUGACCAACCACAACCUGUAGGUAACAGAAAAAUUGAAUUCCAUAUAUCUACUGAAAUACCAGCAGCAUUUAAGAAAGAUUUAGAAAAGGAAGAAAAUUUUGAAGAAAAAAAAUGUGAUGUACCUGGUGCUGAAGUUGAUGCAUCCAAUAUAGGAUUUGGAAAAAUUUUCCCAAAGCCUAAUUUGAACAUCGCAGAGGAGACUAAAGAAGACUCUGAUGAAAUGCCAUCAGAAUGUAUUUCUAGAAGGGAGUUGGAAAAGGGCAGAAUUUCUAGAGAAGAAAUGGAAGCACUUUCAGUUUUCAGAAGUUAUGAACCUGGCGAACCAAACUGUAGAAUUUAUGUAAAGAAUUUAGCUAAACAUGUUCAAGAAAAGGACCUUAAAUUUAUUUUUGGAAGAUAUGUUGACUUUUCAUCGGAAACACAACGGAUCAUGUUUGAUAUACGGUUGAUGAAAGAAGGUCGCAUGAAAGGACAAGCUUUCAUUGGACUUCCAAAUGAGAAAGCAGCAGCAAAAGCCUUAAAGGAAGCUAAUGGAUAUGUUCUUUUUGGAAAACCCAUGGUGGUUCAGUUUGCUCGAUCUGCUAGACCAAAACAAGAUUCUAAAGAAGGGAAAAGGAAAUGUUAAAAAUUAGUAAAGCAUUCCUGCGUAAAUACUGCUGUAAUACUGUCAUACAAAGUGUAUCCUUUCUUGUGGUAUCCUUUUUGGGGCAGUGCUUUUUUUUUUUUCCUCUAGAAUUGUUUUGUCCCUCUUCUACCUACCUAUUGACCUAGGUUAAGUAAUAAUUUUUUAUACUUUAUUCAAAUGAAAUAUUUCAAAAACUAUGUAGAUUGAACAAGCUUUUUAUUUUUCUUAGAUUUAUUGUUGAAUUUCUAUUAUGUCCUUUAGUUUGUAUAAUUUUUCCAGAGAAAGUUAGUGAAUCAGGUCAACUUACUUUGAGAAUAUGCAUUUACUUUAACCAUGAUCUUGUUUCUUCUAUUUGUGUAUUGCCUAAAUAUAAUUCAGAAACAUCUGCUUUCUAGUUUAUGUUAAUAUUUAGUUUAGGUGCUGUAUAGAAUCAGACAUAAUUUGAAAUUUAAAACAAUUGAAUCUGCAUUAAUUCCAAGUGACAGCAUACGUCGGUUCUGAAGUUUAUUAUUAAAAUCUCCUUUGACAAAUAUACUAAUUAGAAGUAUCUUUCUUCUCACCACUUUUUCUAAACAAAAAAGAAACAAUAAGAAAAUUAUAACAGAGGGGAAAAGACAGUGUUGACUCAAGGUAGUCCCUUAAGAGAAACACUUCUGGUAGGUAUAUGAAGAAAGGAGUUUCUAACAUGUUAGAUGACCAGAAUUACCCAGAAUAGUGAUUCUCAAUCUUGGCUACACAUUGGAAACCUUAAAAAAUAAAAUACUGAUUAAAAGAAAAAAUAUAUAUUGAUGUCUGAUUCCCCCUCAAAUUUUGACUUAAUUGCCUACAGUGUAAUAUGGCUGUUGGCAUUUUUCAGAUUUUUCAGAGUGAUUGUAAUAUGCAUCCAAGGUUAAAAAUCUACCAAAGAAACGUUUUUCUGCAUACGGAUUCCUAGGCUUUAUCUUAGAACUAGUAAAUCAGACUAUCUGGGAAUGGAGGUUUGAGUAAUUGUGGGGACUGAUCAUCAACCUAGCCAUCCAGCCUUUUAUAAGUAUAACAGUAAAGAGUUGGGACCUAUAUAUUUGUUCAGAAUUAUUUCGUAAAGUACUAUGAAAACUACUCAGAAUCCUGUAUAUAAUCAUUAUUACCAUAAGAACUCAAAGUUUAUUAAUAAUCAUUAUCACCCUGAGAGUGUAUUGAGAGUAGAUAUUGAAAUUGCAGUUGUUCAUUUUCUUCUAUAGGCACAAUGAAAAUAUUUUAUUUUUAUGGUAUAAAUAAAUUUAUAUAUGACUUAAUUAAAUUUGGAUAUUUUGACAUGAUUCACUAAUUUUCUAAGUGCAAAUGUUUUAGCAUUUACUUUUAAACUAGUGAAUAGUUACAUUUGUGAUUAUUU